GAAAUAUAUUCACCUCUAAGAAACACGAUGCUACCUCUCGUCUUCCGGUUUCCUAAACCCCAGAGUCACGGACUUCCGUCACUCCUUCCAGAGCUCGACAGCAUUAGAGGCGGGACCGGGCUUGGGAUUGGCUGUUGUUGGCCGACCCCCUUCACUGUAGUCCAUUCGCUUUCUCCGGCAGGCGCCUGCGCAAUGGGCUGGCCUUGGGGGGCGGGAAGCGCUUAGGGGCAGUGGAGCCCAUGUCGGCCUUGAGGCGCUCGGGCUACGGCCCCAGUGACGGUCCCUCUUAUGGCCGCUAUUAUGGGCCUGGGGGUGGAGAUGUGCCGGUGCACCCACUUCCGCCCUUAUAUUCGACUCGCCCAGAACCUUCCCAGCCUCCCAUUUCCUGGCGGGUGCGCGGGGGCGGCCCGGCUGAGACCACCUGGCCAGGGGAAGGCGGAGGCGGCGAUGGUUACUAUACCUCUGGAGGCGCUUGGUCGGAACCGGGCCGAGCUGGAGGAAGCCACCAGGAGCAGUCACCAUAUCCUAGCUACAAUUCUAACUAUUGGAAUUCUUCUGCCCGACCUAGGGCUCCUUACCCAAGUACAUAUCCUGUAAGACCGGAAAUGCAAGGCCAGAGUUUGAACUCUUAUACAAAUGGAGGGUAUGGCCCGCCAUACCCCACUGGCCCUGGGGCUAGUACAGCCUCAUACUCUGGGGCUUAUUACACACCUGGAUAUACUCAGACCAAUUACUCCACAGAGGUUCCAAGCACUUACUGUUCACCUGGCAACAGCCCAACCCCCGUCUCUCGUUGGAUGUAUUCCCAGCAGGACUGCCAGACAGAAGCUCCCCCUCUUAGGGGGCAGGUUCCAGGAUACCCUCCUGCUUCACAGAACCCUGGAAUGACCCUGCCUCCUUAUACUUAUGGAGAUGGUAACCGUAGUGUUCCACAACCAGGGCCAAGUGUACGGCCACAAGAUGACUCGUGGGCUUCUCCUAGUACUUACGGAAUGGGAACCCGUUACCCUUGGCCUUCAGCUGCUCCAGCAGCACCACCUGGGAAUCUCUACAUAAGUGAAAAUACUUCACCAUGGCCUAGCAGUGGAUCUCCUCAACCUUCUCCUUCACCACCACCACAGCAGCCCAAGGAUUCUUCAUACUCGUUUAGCCAAUCAGAUCAAGGUAUGAACCGGCACAACUUUCCUUGCAGUGUCCAUCAGUAUGAGCCCUCGGGGCCAGUGAACAAUGAUAAUUCAGAUCUUUUGGAUUCCCAAGUCCAGUAUAGUGCUGAGCCCCAGCUGUAUGGUAGUGCCACCAAUGAACAUCCUGGCAAUCAAGAUCAAAGUAAUAAUCUUCCUGAAGAGUGUUUAUCAUCUUCAGAUGAAGGUACGCCCCCGAGUAUUAAAAAAAUCAUACAUGUGCUGGAGAAGGUCCAAUACCUUGAGCAAGAAGUAGAAGAGUUCAUAGGAAAAAAGACAGAUAAAGCGUACUGGCUUCUGGAAGAAAUGCUAACCAAGGAACUUUUGGAACUGGAUUCGGUUGAAACUGGGGGCCAGGACUCCGUCCGGCAGGCCAGGAAAGAGGCUGUUUGUAAAAUCCAGGCCAUACUGGAAAAAUUGGAAAAAAAGGGAUUAUAAGAGGAUUUAGAAUAAAGGGGAUGCCUGUUAUUAAUUUGACCAAAGAACUCUUCAUUUUGGUUAAUUACCCUCAUUUUGAAACUCCUGUCAAUGACAAGAAGCAAUACAUGCCAACUUGGAUUUAAAACUUGAAAAACUGGUAAAGGACUUGGAAGAAUACUUUAGUUUUAAGUUGUUUUCAGACCAAUGAAUGUAAUAGGAAGCUAUGGAGUUAUCAGCAUUGCCAAGUAGACUUACUCCUUAAGAAAUUUAUGGAUAUUUAUAAGCUGCUUCUUAUCAACAGGAGGGAAAUAUACUUUAUGUAACAGGCUUAUCGGAAUCCAAGCAGUUGAGACGGCGUAACCUGAGACAAACAGGCUGUGUUUUUUAAAACAUCUUGUUUAAAAAAAUCUUGUCACAUUUUUGUAAGUUGUAACUGCUUUCAGCAAACACUUUAAUGUGUAAAUUACAACUUGGACAUUAGCCUUCUGGGACCUUUGUUUUGUUAUUUGCAGUUCACAAAUACGGUAUUAUUCUCUACUUCUUGGUACAUUUUGUAGUAAUUGUUUAAUAUAAUUAUUCAAGAGACUAUAUUGACAGCCAGAGAGUUUGGCAAUUCUGAAUGAAUUUGUAUCUUUUCAUCAUUACUUGAAUAUAUUGCAUUGUGUAGUGAGUUCCUGAGGUAAAUUGUCUCCUUUUUUUGUAUAGAUCAUUAAGUUAGAAUUUUGCCUCUUCUGCUGUUCAUGCUACUAGUGGAAGGUGAGUUUGGAUAUGGCAUUGGUAUUGGAAUGAAAAUGUUGCUUUUUUAUUAUAUUUUAUUUGGAUAAAGAUUCACUUACUCCUUUUUCUUUAUUUCACAAAGUAUAACUAUCUUUUCACUAAUGCUGUUCAAUACAGAGCAUUGUGAUAAAUACCGAUGAAAAAUUAAAUGCCACAGUAAGUGGAAAAAUAACCUUAUUAUUGCAAAAGUAAUAAAUUAUAACUGUCUGCAAAUGUUAUUCUCCAUCUAAAAUAUUAAUUUCACCAUCAAGAUUCCUAUGAGCAGAUUUCAACUUAGUUUAUAGUCAGAAAUGAGGUUAAAGAGGAUUCAUGCUCAGGGAAUGAAUUAUCCAUAGUUAGAAUGGAAAAUUAUUUAUUUUUGCCUUUAUUUCCCUGGAUUAAGUUUCAUGGACAGUAUUGUCUGUUUUAUUUUUAAAGAUAAUUAUUGCCAUUAAUAACAUUUUGGAGCCAGAUUUAAGGAAGGGAUAUUGUAAAGGCCUUUACAGGGCUCAUUUGGUUACCUCUAUGCUGUUGUGUAGAAGAGGCUUAGGUAAGUAACUUACUUUUUACAUCUGAAGUGAGUUCUAGUAUACAGUAUCUGUUACUGGAAAGACAUCUUUUUCUUAAUAAGAUGUCAAAGUGAUAACUUUCUAAACUGCCAGGUCUAUUAGUGAUAAUGAAUCUAUCAGUCUUUUCCACUGCUUACACACAAAACCAAUAAAACGUAUAUAAUGAGAAGAAAGGAAGUAAAAUGUUGGCUAGGUCUUAUAGUUAGAAUGAGUGAUUUUUAUGAGUUAACAUGGAGAUAAUUUUUUCCAGGAUUUUUAUUUUUGCUCUAAUAAAGGAAUGCUAAAAUUUUUUCUAUAAAAAUUUAAAAUUAUACUCAAAACUAAAAGUUUAAAGGAAAAUUUUACAACUAAUGUAAACCAGUAAGACAAUGACUGAGACCGGAGGGAAACAUUACUAUUUAACUGAGUACCCAUGAAGUGUUGAUUUAUAUGUAUAAUUAUACAUAUUAUGUACAUAUAUACAUAUGUGUAUGUUUUUAACAUUUAUUUUUUUAAUUAUUAGAUUAUUUUAGACUAAUUGAAGAGUUGUUCAAAUAGUGAUUUCUGUAGAUGCUUCACUCAACUUCUUAUUAUAUCAACAUCUUACAUAAUCAUAGAACAUUUGUGCAAUUAAGAAGUUAUCCUUGAUAUAAUACUGUUACCUAAAGUAGGGAAUUUAAAAUAUAGAGAUUUUCUUAAUCUUUUCGUGGUUCUAGAAUUCAGCCUUGCACUUAACUGUCAUGUUUCUGUUGUGUCCUCUAGUCUGUGGUAGUGUAGCAUGACACCUGAUGUUGUGAUGUAUUUCUGGUGUUGCUACCCUUAAUUGCUACCUAGGGUGGUGUCUGCUAGGAUUUUCUACUGUACAAUUUCUGUUUUCCUUAAUGCAAAAUAUUUGAUGGAGAUGCUUUGAGACUAUGCAAAUGUCCUGUUUCUGCUUAGUUUUUUGCCUAAUCAUUUUUGUAUGCAUUAGCAUAUCUUGCUGUGUCAAUUAUUACUGUGAUAUCCUAAUGGUGAUUUUCUGUUUCUUUCAUUUCUUACAUAGUUAUUAACUGAAAUUCUUCUCUAAAAAAAAAGGCUAUUGCUUCUGGAUUUAUAUUUUUAGUUAUAGUAAGAUAUCCCAGAUCAUCACAGUUUCAGAACUUAAAGAAGUAAACCUUGUUAAAAUUAUUCCAAAUGCCAUUAUUGAAAGAAAACUUAAGUUGAUAACCUGUUUCAGAAAAUAUAAUGGAUUUUAAGAAGGAAAAUAGUAUUUAUGACUUGUGGAUUUGGUUUUAACAGUGACACUAGACUAAACAAUUUCAGAAAUUUCAAAUAGAAACUUUUAAAAAAUUUACCUACAUUUAUAUGACCUUGGGGAUAAUAUUUGUCAAAAUCUCAAAUAAAAUUGUCCAGACUUGGUAUGUUAUAUACAACUGUCAUCUUUAUAAUUAGCUAUUACUAUUUCAAUUAUAAAUGCCACUAUAAGUAUUUAGACACAUAAGCCCUAAUGAAGUAUCUGAAGGAUGGACUAUAUUUGUGUUAAUAUUAAAUCAAGAACCUUGUAUCUAAUUUUUUAAAUAAUUUCAAAUAGAGUUUUGAAAACAGCCAUUCAGUUGGUUUAUGUGAUAGCAUUAAAGAUAGGCCAAUUAAAAAUAAAUGAGGAAUAUAGAUUAAAUUGGCAUUAAAAGUAGUUUUGGUGGGAUGGAUAGUUGAUAACUGGAGUUUUGUGAGGUUUUUUUGUUUUGUUUUAAAUGAACAAGCUUAUUAGGAAAAAAUUGUUUUAGACAUAAGAGGGCAGAAAGAACUGCCCCUUCUGCUUUGCAAAGAAAAGAUUUGUGAAAACCUUUUCAAGUUGGGCAGAAGAGAUGCUGAUUACUGGAGUUUUCAUCUUUUUUUAAAAAAUUGUGAAUUUAAAGACUCAGAUAAUCUUAUGGAAGUUUUUAAUUUAAAGAAUCAGUUCUCUGAGGAAGAUUCAUUCAUUCUGCUUCCAUUCCCAGUUUUCCUUGUAUAAAAGCAAAUUUCCAUUGAUUGAUAAAAAUUUACUUCCACAUUUUUUAACAAUUGUAUUGCUUCUUGACUUGUCAAUUUUAGGUUAUUUCUACUUAUAUUUUAUUAUAGAGGAUGAGGAUUUUGGUUUAUCCAUACACACAUCUUAAUUCCUUAUGCCUCUAACUUCUUAAUCCAACCAUAUGGUAUUUCUGUUAUAUGUGAUUAUGACUGUAAAUGCUAGCCAGAUAUCAUCAAGCAAUUAACAGUGAUUACUUUGCCUUUCCCGAACAGCUUAUUUUUCAUGGAAUUAAUUGUAUUGACCUCAAACCCUCCAUGAUUUGUCUAAAUUUUCUUGCAAGAUAUUCACACAUAAAUUUUACCAGUUUCAAAUACCUGAAGAAGUCUAUCUUAGGACCUUCUGAAUGAAAAACUAGAUGUUCCUAGAUGCCCCAUCAUUAUGGGGUCUUUAUCCUGGGGAUUCUUUUCACAUUUCUUGUUAGUUUCUUGUUUUCUAUAGCCUGUACCUUUUUAUUUGUUUAUUCCUGCCUUUUGGUAGUAGAAUAUGUUCUUCAGUAGCCCACAAGGAAAGCAUGGGAAAUAAUUAUUUUCUACAUCUUACAUAAAUGUGUUUUCUUGAUUGUUGAUAUAAAACUUGAUUUUUCUCUUUGCAAAUUGUAGGAUGUUUUUUCCCCUCUGCUCUAAGAUUUACUGAUAGUGUAACUUUGGUUAAACUAUUAAAAAUGUUUUUGAACACUUUGCUGGGCCCAUUUCAUUCUGGAAACUCAUACCCUUAAAUACUGUGAAAUUUUCUUGAUUCUUGUAUUUAUUAGUUACCCUCCCCCACCAGUCUGUUAAUUCUUUAAUCUUUCCAGAAUUCCUGUUA